AUGAACCUGACACUUUUUUACUUGGGAAGUGGUACGGGCGGAGAGAUAUUUGCCUUUACGGGGGGAAUUCGAGUCGUUCCGGGAAGGACUCUGCCCUGCUGGUGCGGGAUGGCGGCGAUCAAGCGUUCACUGAACGUCGGCGUGGUGGGAAUGGGCAACAUGGGCGUCCCCAUCGCUCGCAACCUAGGCUUCAAGGCCCGCAGUGCCAUGUACCUUCAGAUACAUAGCCGCACACUUAGCAAGGCUCGCCGCGUCUGCGAUGAUCUUUCGGUGGAUGGUGCUUCGUGUGCCAUGCGUAUUCAUGAUCGCUAUUCAACUAUGACGAAGUGGUGCGAUGUGAUGCUGCUGGUCUUGGCAGAUGUGCGUGCGGCACGACAUGCUCUUUUGGAGGACAGCGAGGCACUCAUUCGCAACGCACGCAAGGGCCAGAUUAUUGUGGAUCACACCACGGUGGAUAUUGAGACUUCUCGCGAGUGUGCCUACGAGGCAGAGAGGCGGGGUGCGCACUUUUUGGAUGCCCCGAUGAGUGGCAGCCCGCGCGCCUGCUUUAAUGGUCAGCUGGUGCUGAUGGUUGGCGGCCACGCAGAGUCGUUUCAAAAGAUGCUGCCAAUAUUUCACAUGUACGCUGACAACGUCCAUCACAUGGGCGUCAGCGGCAGUGGGUCGGCAACCAAGAUGAUCACGCAGGCCCUUGUUGCCUCGCAUAAUGCGGCGGCAGCAGAGGCGCUUAUUAUGGCACACCGAUUGGGCGUGGAGGACCAAAACAAACUCGUACAGGUGCUGGAUGCCUCGUGGGGCUCAAGUACGAUGCUGCGCCGCAACGCGGCGUUGUUGCAGGACCUGGUUCGUAACCCCGACAAAGCCCCGCCGACCUCCACUGCCAGCGUUGACCGAUUGCUAGAAGACCUUGCCCUUCUUGAUACAUCACUUCCAAAGCGAGCGGGGGCGACGACCUUGGCGGACGACGCAGAUGCCGAUGAGCCCUUUCCUGUGUUGGACACUGCACUCCGUUCGUUGGCAGCAGCCUCAGAUGCGGGGAUGGGCGAUCGCGAUAUAGCCACCGUUGUGCACUACGUUCAGGCAGGUGAAUUGGAGCUGCGCAAUCGCCGUGCGACGAUGCCGGGAAGCGACAACUCCGCGGGGCAAAAUGCGGUGGAAACUCGGGACACGCAGCCCGUUGAGUUUGGGCAGGAGGACUUUUACUAG